AAUUGAGUGGUCUCAGUUCGAGAGGAGAGAGUAAUCAUCCAAAAAUCGAUCUGGAACGAGCAGUGGUCUGUGAACUCGAGCUGUGAGAGUGCUGAGACUGUUUGGUUGAUAUCUCGAGUUUUACCAAUCCAAUUAAGGCGUGUGAGAUACCAAAAGAAAGUCUCAAGACGAGGAAUCCGUGAAGGUCUGGUUUGCAUCAAUCGGAGUAGAGGAAGGCUUCCAAAUCGUCCGAGCAGAACGCGACCUCGCAGGGACGGAUUUACUCUUCUAAGAAUCGAGUUAGCCGGAAAACACCCGUUCUAGGGGCUGUUUUCGUAUCAACGAUUAGGGGUUGAAAUAGCAACUUGAGGAGGCUGUUUAGCACCCAUUUCUAAGCAAGGAAUCAGUUCUCAAGCUUCCUUGGCCGAGGCUUUAGCCAUUGGAUCGAGAAGGAAGGUUUUAAAGCUCAUUUGAGGUUGAGGCUAGAGCUUGCUUCCUGUGCUCGUUGCUCGAGAGAUCAUAUAGGAGGGAAGACUUGCGAUGGAGGGCGAUGGUGGUAUUAUGAAUAGGGAGAACUCGGAAGGGCUUGCACCGGGUGGAACCGGGCAUGCCAACCGAGAAAAGCCCUUAGGACCAAGGGUGCAUGAAAUUCUUGAAGCUCAAAUCGUGAGUGGUGGUCAUGUUAAGACCAAGGAAGAAUCACCUUGUUAUGGCAAAACUGAACCACUCAAGGCUUCGGGUGACGAAGGAGAUGAUUUGAGUGAUGAGGACCUUGAUAAUGCACUCAUUGAACAAAGGGGAAUGGUCAUAAAUUGGCUUCAAUGUGAACGUGCUAGGCUUAUACAAAAACGCCAAGCUAGGCAAGCUAAGGACGCACCAUUAGGAAGGAAAAGAAAAUGGGGAGACCACGACCCCCAAGGACAUUCUAGGAGGACAAAUGUUGAGGGUGACAAAACCUUCGGGGCACACACAUUAUCACUUGGGAGGAGUCGAGGCUCGGGUGGCCAGAGCUCGAGGUCAAAAGGUUCGAGAGUACCUAAGUGCACAAAUUGUAAGAAGCACCACCCGGGUAAGUGUUGGGACCCUCCUAGGUGCUACCGAUGCAGAGAGAUCGGGCACACGAAUGCGAAUUGCCCACAACUUGUACCCGAUCAAACUUUGGGCUCAAGUAGUACGACUAUAGGCAUACGGAGUCAAGCCGGGACCUCUCAAGCAAGUAAGGAACAUGGCGGAGCAAGUGUGAGCAACGCGCCGUCUGUGAAUCAAGGGAGGACUCACGCUAGAGUCCAUGCGAUGGCGGAGGCGGAUGCUCAAGCUAACCCGGAUUCCGUUGCAGUUCGAGAGGAGAGAGUAAUCAUCCAAAAAUCGAUCUGGAACGAGCAGUGGUCUGUGAACUCGAGCUGUGAGAGUGCUGAGACUGUUUGGUUGAUAUCUCGAGUUUUACCAAUCCAAUUAAGGCGUGUGAGAUACCAAAAGAAAGUCUCAAGACGAGGAAUCCGUGAAGGUCUGGUUUGCAUCAAUCGGAGUAGAGGAAGGCUUCCAAAUCGUCCGAGCAGAACGCGACCUCGCAGGGACGGAUUUACUCUUCUAAGAAUCGAGUUAGCCGGAAAACACCCGUUCUAGGGGCUGUUUUCGUAUCAACGAUUAGGGGUUGAAAUAGCAACUUGAGGAGGCUGUUUAGCACCCAUUUCUAAGCAAGGAAUCAGUUCUCAAGCUUCCUUGGCCGAGGCUUUAGCCAUUGGAUCGAGAAGGAAGGUUUUAAAGCUCAUUUGAGGUUGAGGCUAGAGCUUGCUUCCUGUGCUCGUUGCUCGAGAGAUCAUAUAGGAGGGAAGACUUGGUUCGUGCUUCCUCCAUUCUGUUUUUUUUAAACAUUAAUAAACAUGCUCAUGGAUAUUUUACUAUAGAGCCUGCGUGCUCAUGAAUAGCCAUGUGUGGCCCUUUUGUUUUAAACAAUGUUUUCCGCUGCGUUAUGAAUUACUUAUUAUGUUUGUUUAUGGAUGUAUACGUGUGAAUGAUAUUCAAGACGCCUUGUAUAAUAU